AUGUAAAUCAAUAUAGUAUAAUGGGAAUUAAACAAUGCUUUAACUUAAGAAGAAUAAGAAAUAAUAGAUUAAAUGGAAAGUUAACAACAAAAGGGCUAGUAAGAAAAAGAUAAGACAACUAAUUUUCAAUUUUAUAAGAAACGUGAUAAGAAAAAUGAUGAUUUCUUUAGAUUGGAAAUGAUAUAAGGAUAAUAUUAAUAGAAAUUAUCAUCAUUAUAAAGCAUAACUUAAAAUUUAGAGAUAAUUUGUGAUUAGUUAAAAAAAUUGAAUGAUGAUAAAGACAAGAUUGUAUAAAAAAUAAGUCAAUUUCAUUAAGAAGCUAAUAUUCAUAUAAAUAAAUAAAAGGAAUUAUUAGAAUAUCAAUAUCAAAUUUAAGAAAACAUUCAAUAUUAUUAUAAUAUCUAAAAAAUUUAAAAAGAAUUAGAGAAUGAUGAUAAAAAAGAAAUCAAUUAUUAAGUAUUAAUCAGCGAAAUUUAAGAAGGCAUAAUAUUCUUUUCUUCUAAACCUAAUUAUUAUUAAAGUGAUAAAUGCAUUAUAUAAUAUUAAUAAUUGAAGAAAAAAUUAAUAGGCACUUGCAAAAGUUCUUUAAUGAAACUUUUAAAUAAAGAAUCCCAAUUUAUCAAUUAAAAGUUUUCACAAUUAAAAGACUUAAUUUGUGUAUUUUAUCCUCCAAGAUUUUUUGGAUAUUAAGAUUUUAAUGCAAAUGACAAUCAUAUUCUUUAACCAAACCCUUUAAAAUUAUAAUUUUUAUAGAUAAUAUUUCCAUAAAUGAUUCCAUAAUUGAAAUUCAAAGAUGCUUAAACUAAAAAUAAUUAUUAAUAUGAAGAGGAAUUUUAAAAAUUCAACAUUACAGAAUAAAUGAAAGAUCUUUUUCUGUAUAUUGAAUCUCAAAUUUAAGGUGAUUAGGAUUUAUAUUCAUUAUAUAAUGAUGUAUUUUUAUAAUACAAUUUUUACAAUAGAUUAAAUUUACAUUAAUAAAUUAAUGAAAUGAUUAAUAAAUAAUCAAAUAAUCUAAAUUAAACAGGUUAGAUUUUACAUAAAAUUAAUUAGAGUCUAAUAUAACAAAAAUUAGUUAGUAAUUAGCAUUUAUAAAAAUAAUAAGAAAUAUUGGUAUUCGAGGCUUUAUGUGGUAUUAUAUUUGAAUCUACAGUUAUUGAAGCAUUUUAUUCAAGAAUAUUUUUCAGAUUAAAUUUAAGAAUUGUCAAAGAAAAUGAUAAAUAACAUUUAUCAAAAAUUCUUGAUAAUUAUUAUUAAACAAUGAGAAUAUUUUUAUAGAAAAUAUAUAAUUUAGAUUAAUUAGUCAUGAUUAGUGAAUCAUUAUUAUAAUUGAAAACUCAUACAACAAAAGUAUUUUAAAAAAUAAAAGAGAAUUCAUUAGAUUAAUAAGAUUAUUUAUAUCCAAUAUUUUAAAUUAUCUAAUAAGAAAAAGUAUUGAAACCAUAUAUAUUAAUAGGAUUAAAACUAAAUUGUGGAAUGCUUUUAGAAUUACUUAAAUAUAUUUACGAAUUUGUUUAUGGAAAAAAUAAAUUUAGAUAUUAUUCACAAAUCUAUAUAAUCAUCUUAAGUUUAAAUACAAUAGAAAAUAUAUUAAUAUUCUCCAAAAGAUUACAUCAGAUAAAAAUAAAAAUUAGUGAUUCAUAAAUUCCUAAAAACUUAACCAAUUCCAAAAGGAUAUGAGAUUUAAAGAAGUGAUCUUUAUCCUGUUGUUAUAUUUGGAUUAGAUCUAAUUACAAAAAUGCAAAGAUCAGUAGAUUAAGUAAUUUUUAGAUAAUUGGCUGGUGAAACAUUAAGAGAAAUCAAUUCUUAAUUGAAAUUAGUUGCAGAAUAAUUUGAUGUAAACAAUUAUAUUAUAUUAGGUUAAAUUUGAUAGCUAUAUAUUUUAUUUAAAGAAUAUUAUAUAUUUAUGUGAUGGAUUAGCAUAAUUAGGUGGAGAUUAUAUAGUAAAGGAAAGUGAACUUGAUUUUAGUGAAACAAAAGCAGUUUUACUUUAAUUAAUUACAGGAUAAUUAAGACCAGAAAUCUAAUGGGUAGAAUUGAGAUCUCCAGAAAAAUUAUGGACUUACAUUACAAAUUUCUUUUAAUUUGUAUAUAAGGGAAUGCCAAAAAUUAAUUAAUAUGAAGUUGAUUGGAAGAAUAAUCUUAUGAAUCAAAAGAAUUUGAUGCUGUUUUAAUUUGUUAAAGAUAUGACUUUUAUAGUUGCUAAAACAUUAAUUUAAUAUAUUAGAAAUUAUUAGUAUUUAUAACAUAAAAUAGUAGAAGGUAAAAAUUUUAAUGAAAAUUAAUAGAAAAGGAUGAAUAGAAAUUAGGUUAAGCACAAAAGGAUUUCAAUUAACUGAUAUCAUAAGGUUCGAUAAAGAGAUCUUAUUCCUUAUUUUAUGAAAAUAUUAUUGAUUUUAUUUAAGAGAUAAAUCUUAAACUUAAUAACUUUUUAGAUAGAAACACAUUCGAUUAAAUAUAAGUAAUAAUUUAUAUUCACUUUAGAUUUAAAUUAAAGAAAUUAUAUAGAAUUCAUUAUCAUUGCUUAGUCAAUUUUAUAUCAUUGUUUCUAAACAUUAUGGAGGAGAAGAAUAUGAAAAUUUCUAAUUCAAUUCUGCAGAUGAAAUAAUUAAAUAAAUAUAAAUUGAAUAUUUUGAAUGA